AUGAGACCCCAGUCCAAACGACAUGUUCCCCUCACAUCAACCGCAGCCGCUAUGCACCCCAUUUCUCACGCGCCGGUAUAUCCCGAUGAGAAUCAUCCCUUCGGCGCCCAGCGCCUAGUCGAUUGCUCGACUGUCCGCCACAUCAUGCCUCUCCUCUCUAGGCGCCAACCGCAAACCAGCCGCUUGGCAUAUGCCCCCUUGUCUAGACACGGAAAAAGAAACAUCAUAUAUGAUAGAAUUUCCCCGCCCAUCUCGUUCGAAGCCACUCCCAGGCCCUGGGCUCGAAGUACAGGUCAGCCGGAUCUUGGUCACUCCGUGUCAAGUCGGUCCAACAAGGAACAUUUGAAUCCCUCCCCGAUGUUCCAGGAUCACCCGUUUGACACUCUGUCCGGAUUUUGUCAGUGUUCAGAGGUCAAGCUGAGGAUUGAAGAUUCAAGCACUAGUAAUGCACCUCCAUUAGCGCUCGGCCGGUCAGGCAAAGCACCAAACGCCCCGGUUCGACUCGGUGACGGCGCUGCCUGGCCUCACUCGAUACUUUUACUAGGGGCGGCCCGGCCCUGUAGUUCCGCCAUAGCACUGGGUAAGCACACCAGCGGCACGGGAUUUCUAGCCCAAUCUGGAUUUCAGAUGGUCACGUUUGCCCAUGGGCCCAUCGCAGAGGUGCAAUCGCAUGCAGGCCGCGACGACGUGCAGCAGAGCAUUCUCACUCUAGAAGGGAUCUUCGGUACGCCUGUUCGUGCUGUCGCUUUCUAUGCAGGGCAUCCAAUCCCAUGGCUCGCUCAACCACAGGUACACAUGGCGAAUAGCACGUCUAUCUCCAUUCCCGACUUCGAAAUUGACGAGUGUGGUGGGUAUAUGGUGAUCAUUGCUAAUGCCUGGGCUGCAUGCAAAGGCAAAACUCGUGUUGCUCAACAUUCGACGACAAUGACACAUCGGCAAUACAGCACUCACCCUAUUGUGGACUUGCACUGUAUCCACGGUAAGACCGCGGCUAAGGGGAAACAACCUGAUCUGAUCUCCCGGCUUGUUCGGCUACAAAUCAUUGCCAUGACUUGUUUUCCCCCGCUCCCUUUGUCCCGACUCCCGACUAAAUUCCGCGAUUAUGCUCCGAUUUCAGUUCGGAUGGAUGGAGUGGGACUGCGUUCGGUGUGGGUUGAGGCUAUUCGGGAGAGGGAGUGGGAUUCAAGGCUGGCUUGGAUUUACAGCAAUCUGUUUGUCGUGGUCAUCCUUCAGCUAAACUAUCUCUGGCCUACGCCUGUAGCACGAGAUGAUGAUGCUAACAUGGAGUACUGCACCGAGAAACAGAAAUCAGCACUUGACAUAAUUGAAGAGAUAGGGAAAAGCAAAAAAGAGUUCACCACCGGUGUGGCUACAUCUCUUGGUGCUCAUGCUGGGAUUCGAACUCGGGUACUCGUAUGCGCUAAGCCUGUCGUCGACCAGUUUGACCUGACCCGUCGACCUAGACGGGCGCCUGCUGGCUGGUGA